AUGGCGACCACAGUGAAGAGCAAAGCUGACAAUGCAUCGCAACAUGAGAAAGUCGUCGAGCUUGUUGAAGGAGUGCAUUCACCUGGCACGAAAUUGACGACAGAAGAACGUCAGCGUGAGCGGAGAGUGAAAUGGAAGAUUGACCUUUUCAUCCUUCCACUUCUUUCCACGGUUUACUUUUUGGCAUCCAUGGGUCGCUCCGACCUAGGGAAUGCAAAGAUUUCGGGCAUGGACAAAGAACUACGUCUCACCCCAGACCAGUACUCCAAUGUCUCGAGUAUCUUUUAUGUUGGGUAUAUUGUUCUACAGUUGCCAGCCACCCUGCUGGUUCGAAAGAUAGGCCCCCCACUGCAGUUUGGAUUGGCUAUGAUGGCCUGGGGUUUGGUCACAGCCUGCACAGUAGUCAUUCACAGCUACGCCGAACUCGUGGUGAUCAGAGUCUUCGUCGGUGUCUCUGAAGCCUUCGUACAGGGUGCAGUCUUCUAUUUGUCAUUCUGGUACCCGGCGGAUGAGCUCGCAACCCGAGGCGCAAUCUUCUUUUCCAUGGCAACCGUGGCCGGUGGCUUCAAUGGUCUCAUUGCAUAUGCGGUUCAGACAUCCCUUGAUGGCAACAACGGGUGGAGGGCGUGGAGAUGGCUGUUCCUGAUUGAAGGUAUCAUCCCUAUCGGGUGGGCCUUUUUCGUCAUAUUCCUCCUUCCAAACACUCCUGAGACAGUCAAGUUUGGCUUCACGGAAGAAGAUAAGCAAAUCGUCAUCAGACGCUCACGCCGUGCACAAAAUACGGGCGAAUCUAAGAUCUUGCCUCAGAAGAUACUUCAAGUCAUCUUCGACUACAAGUUCUGGAUGCUGGUUGGUAUUGAGUCGGCGACCGUCUCAGGUGUGAAUGCCAUCGGCAACUUCUUACCGGAUAUCCUCCACAGCUUUGGUUGGUCUAUCGUCAAGUCACAGCUGAUGUCUGUCAUCGUCUAUGCCUGUGCGUUUGUCAGUAUUCUGUUCUGGGCAAGGGUGUCGGACAAGUGGGGACACCGAGGCUAUGUGAUCUUCAUCAACUGUUGCGUCGCAAUCGUCGGCCUAGUAUUACUACUCGCUGUCACCAACAACUCGGCCCGCUUCUUCGCUACCUGCUUACUUGCGAUGGGCCUCUUCUCCAAUGUGGUUGUCAAUCUCGUGUGGAGCGCUUCUAUCAAUAUCGGGUAUACUCACCGAGCCUCGGCGGCAGCUUUGAUCAAUUGCAUCGCACAGGCAGUCGCAAUCGGACUGAAUCAGGCGUAUGAUGACCCGCCUCUAUACAGGAAAGGCAAUGGGACAGCAUUGGGUCUGAUAUCCUUGGCGGCCGUGCUAUCUGCCUCUCUAAUCAUCGCGAUCAAAUGGGAGAACAAGAAGAAACGAGAAAACCAGCAUACCGAGGAAGCAGCAAGGUUGAGACUGUUCUCCAUCGACGAAAUUGGGAAUAAGCAUCCGGAUUAUUUCUUUAUGGACUGA